UCACCGGUUCCGUAACACGAUUCGCUCUCCUCGGCGAUACUUUCCUGGCUAGCCGCCAUGUUCCCACUUGAUGGCCCGGGACUCAUCAGGGCUUAUCUGGCAUCCCCGUGGUUGGAAGAAGCUUCUUGUAUUUACUAACCAAUUUCGACCGUACGUGGCCCGACGCUAGAGCCUUCGACGCCGCCUAAAUGUCCAUGUAUAUCGGGAUAAGUGCUUUAAGGACCGCGAAAAACGCUUCAUCCGUGCAGAAGCCUGAUUCCAAGGAACUCAAUAAAGACUCCUGAACUGGUGCCCCAUUCCAAUUUAGACCCAUCCAGUAUACAGAAGAUGCCACACCAGAUAUCCGUAAGUCAAUAUCGACUGCACAACCGUUUUACAUAUUCAGCGGUUUUACAUAUUGGCCUAAGACCCAAACUCCUUUCGACUAAAAUGUUCUUUAUAGGGCGCACCUCCGAUUUUGCACACAUUUGGUAUGUAGAUGUAGGUUGACCUUAAAAACGCGAAUCUGAAGUCCGUUUUUGGGACAAAGGCCCGUGAACCUUCAGGAGUCAAAAACUUCCCCUCUAAGGGAAGCGCUCCAACCUAGGCAAUAUGGAUAUCAAACGAUAGGUAUUAACGGAUAGAUUUCAAAUGGAAGGACCUUUGGGGCCUUGCAAAUUCUGAACCCCCUAACCUAGGCAAUAUUGGUUGUUGUUAUCUUAGCCACAUUUGCAUGUGGAGGUGGCAAUCCUGGUCAAGCUCCAUAACUGAGCAAGUUGGUUUCGGUCCAUAUGACCGAUCGCCGGGGGUUGUGGAUUUCUUCAAUCAGCAUACAUUCGAAAUAUCGAGAUCAUCAAGAUUUGUUCUCGUUGGAUUCUGCACAAUUUGACAAUCGCUCAAAAAAGGCUCGUGUCGAUUAGUGCAAAGAAAUGUUGAAAAAAUAGGAUCGCGGUGCUUCAAAAUAUGUUUAUAAGAAUAUCACAGGUGACGAAUCGUGGAUCUAUGCGUAUUAGCUCGAAACAAAACAAUAAUCGUCUUUGAAAAGGAGCCGAAUCCAACGAAAGUUGUUUGUGGAAGAAGCACUUCGAAGCAAAUGGUCGCCUGUUUCUUCGGCAAAACUGGUCAUAUGACGACUGUUUCGCUUAAACAACGUAGGAGGUCAAUUCUAAGUUGUACAUCACAAUUUAAUUGCCUGAAGUCUCGGGGUUAAUGAUUUUCGACGCCAGAAAAUGAUAUUGAAGCGUUUAAUAACCAUGUUUUGGAGGUGUCUCAAUCAAAAUAGUGUUUCGACAAUUGGUUUGAGCGCAUGAGCGCUAGAAAUUUAUAUAGCAGUCCACGGAAUCUACUCGUUAAUACAUUUCACUUUAUACACAUAUUGCCUUAGAUGCACAAGUUCGCAUUGAGGGGGGUUUUUGGACCUUAGGUCCCAAAAAAGAACUUCGUAUUCGUUUUCUGCAGUCAAUCCAUGUUAACGCCCCAUUGGAUAUGUUAAUACAAAAGACGAUCUGGCAUCACCUUUAAACUAAAAACAAACAAAAAACAGCUGAUUGCUAUAAACACAAACAUUAAAGGCAAAACGAUUGGAGAAAAUAAACUAAAAUCAAAAAUUGUAUAGCUUUUAGAAUGAUAAAAACGGAACUUCCUGUUGUCACCCCCACCUUACAUCAGCCUUUGCAUUCCAAAGUUACUAACUAUCUAAACGAUCAGCGGCGACAAGGACAGUUUUGUGAUUUGAUCCUUGAAUUGGAAAGUGGCGAUUCCAUUUAUGGACACUUUUGUGUUGUUGCAGCUCAAAGCCGCUUCAUUGGAGGACCUCAUUUUCAACAGACAACUUUGCAUUUCUCUAUUCAUAAUCCCUUAAAGGUACAAAUAAAAAACUUUAAUUGUACGGAAUGUUUGCAGAGCAUUGGAGAUUUCUUCUAUGAGGAUAUGGUAACAAUCGUUAAGGAACAUAUACAGCAUUUUAAACAUUUGGCAAAAAUCCUUGUAGUGGGAGAGUUGAUGAAAGUAUUCCAGAUACCAGAAGAGACCCCUGAAAUAAUAGAAAUAAAAGGUGGACCAGCGGCUUUGAAAGAGGGGGAGGAAACAAAAACUAAAGAAGAAAACAUACAGCCCAGUGAAAAUAGAGAAGGCGAACAACAUUCGUUAAUUAAAACAAAAUCUGAGAAUAUCUUUGAUGAGAAAAAGACUUAUUUUAAGCUGCGCAACCCUCGAUCAUCAACUUCAAAUAGUAAGAUCAACUAUUGCUUAGCAUGCGAUUUCAAAUGCUAUAGGGUCCAGGAGAUGAUAAAUCAUAUGCGCAAUUGUGAAGCUUCACAUCUCACUUGUUCGCUUUGUGAGGUGGGCUUCCUAAGCUGGAGGGAGUAUGAUGAACAUCUUAAGAAGCACGAUGCCGAUGUUAAGAAACCAUUUUUCUGCCUAGAAUGUGGAAUACGUUUUAUGACUCGUGCUGCUCUACUUCUACAUCAUCCGAAGCACUCCAAAGAAACUCCGCACCUUUGUCCUCAUUGUGGUAAGGGCUUCAAAUGGCGACAAGGCUUGAACAUACAUUUGCAGGCCCACAACACAGAGAAAAGAAUGCUUUGCGACGUAUGCGGCUACAGCACCAUACAUUUGAAAGCAUUAAAGUCCCACAAACUUAGCCACACAGGAGAAUUCUUCAAAUGCACAUUUCCCGGUUGCCACCAUCAGGCAAAUCGCAAAGAAAAUCUUAAACUGCACAUUGAAACACAUAAACAAGAGCGCCCAUUUGUAUGUGAAAUUUGUGGCUGUAAGUUUAGCUUAUCCAAAAAUCUCAAACGUCAUGCAAUGAAACAUUCGACCGAUAAUGUUAAGAAAUACAAAUGUCAGUUAUGCACAUUCAAUAGUCAUCGAUCGGAUAAACUUAAGGAGCAUGUUCAAAGAGUGCACACGGAAAAGGCGGUGCAGUUAGAGUUGCCGGAAAUAGUUGAAAAUGCUUUUGAAUCGAAAACGGAUUUGGACGAAUUUCAUUUACCGCUGCUAGAAACUUGCAGUAAGGAUAGAGAUGGAGACCUAAACGAUGUGAUCAGAGAAAAAGUUAAAAAGAAGGUACGAAAAAGAUUAUCAAAAGCUAACAAAACGAUAAUGGAGAGAAAACUUAAGGUGCUAGCACCAAAGAUUAUUGCUACAGAAACUACUACCAUCGCUGAAGUUAAAGGAAAAUAAAUCAAAGUUAUUGAUGAAAAUAAGCGAAUUUUUUCCUAUAAAUAAAAAAUGCUGCACGGGUAAUUCUAAAUACUGAAGAAACGGCGAUAAUGAUCUUGGUUUUUAGAUUCUUGAUAAAUAAGUUGAAAAAAAAAAAUACUAUUUCAUGCAUCCAAAAAAUAGUCUGCAAGCAAUCAAGAAGAUGUCAUAUACAAUUUUUCCCAUGAACCUUCCAUUAAGGAACAGGGGCAAGCUUCUCAGAUAUCAAUGAGUGUUGCCCGAUUCAAAUUUAAUCUCAAUGAUAAGGGGCCUCCCUUUUAUAGCCGAGUUUGAAUGGCGUGCCGCAGUGCGAAAAGUUUUUAUUUGGCUGCCAUACCAUUUUUUUUUUCAAAUGGCAUGGUACCUCCCAAAUGCCGGCAGCAUUAGGAGAGGAUAAGAAGAAAGACUUUACAUUACCAUACAUGCCCCAAUGUUCCUCUAUACAAAAUUAAAUAUUCAUUUCCUUUUGUUGUUGUUUUAUUUACUCAUUGCCUUCUCUUUUGGCCUUGCAAAAUAUGAAAUAUAAACGCUUGGAUAAAUGCAUAAUUGUUGUAAGAGAAAUUUGUGGCGAAAACUUUUUUGCGUUUUUCGAAUUCGUAACCAAACAAACAAUUAUAGCCUUAAGUAUGUUAUCUGGAUUCCACCUUGCUACGUCAGUGCCGACGACAUCUGUUAGUUCUCACGCAUUGAAAGUAGUCCAUCUCAUCGUAUACAAAAUAUAAUAGAGCGUAUUUUGCAAAUUUUGAAAUUUAGGAACAUGAUGGAUAUAAGUUAUUGUGGGAAUCAAUAAGAAGUGUUUGUGUGAAAUUUUUAGCGGCUACCUUUACUUGUUUGAAAGUUAAUGGCAUUUAGACCGACGAACGGUUAACACUAGAUCGACUUCAAAUAUAAUGGCGUUCAUGUUGUUGUUGUAGCAGUGUACUGCACAAUGAGAUGGCAGCCCUAGCCGAUGAAGGACUCCAUCGGGUCAAUCCGGUACUUACAACCGGCUGCCAUGGCAAUCCGAUGGCGAUAAUAAAAUUAUGCACCCGGCACGGGAUAACUAUGAGCACCACACAAGCUGGAACUUUGAGCUGCAAUCUGUGUGGCGUUCUUCAUUAUCACUAUAAGCUUAACUGGGAGCUACCGGGCGCGUCCACAUGUUGCGGAUAGUGUAAGGAUUCAUACGGAGUAGCUGCAACUGGGGCCACGGUAAAUCAGCGGCAUAGAGUGGAGAGUCGGCCGUGCGGCACCGUCUCUUAAUUAAAUACUGAGUACCUAUGAUACUCGAUAUGACAAGGUGGGUUAUUGGCGCCUUUAAAAAACCAAUGGCCAUCAUGUUCUGGCGGCAAUCAGUCGUAUGGACCGGAACGAGCUUGCUCUUCUAUUAGAGCUUAACAAGUAUCGCCCCCUCCACAUGUAAAUGUGGUUCCAACAACAACAGUUAGGUCUCCAAUGGGAAUCGAAUCCGUAUUUGUAAUCCAACUCGACUAUGGGAGCAACCUCCGACAUAGCUUAAUGGCUCACAGAUGUCGCCAGCAUUAAGUGGGCAUAAGCUAGUUUAGGUUAGAGAGGCUUUCAAUUUUCUGAACAGACCCACUAAGACUAUUUAGGAUUAUUGUGAUACCACAGUAGCGACAUACCAGGUCUCCGCUGGGAAUCACACCAACUUCCCCGCACUGGUAAUACGAACAACUCGGCUACUGGGACGAUCACCGUUACAGGCGGACAUGCUUAUCUCUGCGCCAAGGUUGCCUCCAUCUUCUGAUGAAGAACAUGAAGGCAGCAGCAGCCCAUGGGUUGCCAGUUGAACUAUUUUAUACAGAAGGCGCAUGCAUUGGCUCGUCUGCGCAAUCUGUUUGGAAGAACGCAUAGCCGAUGAUUGGAACCAACCUCAGCUUUAUAAGUUUCUGGACUAGGCAACACAAAGUGUUGCCAGGUGACUUGAAGAAAUGAAUUGAUAAAAAUUUAAUUAAACCGAGAACAUUUUUGUGCGACCAUUUUUCACAACUUUCGACGAGGAUUGUCACGAAAUGAGUGCAUUCAUGGGUGGCCACCGUAGCGCAGAGGUUAGCAUGUCUGCCUAUGACGCUGAACGCCUGGGUUCAAACCCCGGCGUGAACAUCAGAAAAAAUUUCAGCUGUGGUUAUCGCCUUACUAAUGUUGGCUACAUUUGUGAGAUACUUUGCCAUGCAAAAACUUCUCCCCAAAGAGGUGUCGCACUGCGGCACGCCGUUCGGAUUCGUUUAUAAAAAGGAGGCCCUAAUCAUUGAGCCUAAAAUUUAAUCGGACAGCACUCAUUGAUAUAUGAGAAGUUCGUCCCUGUUCCUUAGUGGAAUGUUCAUGGGCAAAUUUGUAUUGAGUGCAUUGAUGAACUUAAAUCUUUGUAUGGCGAUGAAUCACCAUCCUACAGCACCUUGAAAACUGCUUUAAUGAAUUCAGUCGUGGUCGACGCUCGCUCAAAGUCGAAUUCCGUGAAGGUCGUUAAAAAAACGGCAGUUCUUUCACUAGCAUACAUUCGAUAUUGCUUGAACACCUUGCCCUAAAAAAGGUUUAAUCUCGUUGGAUUCCGCACAAUUUCAUAAUCGCAUAAUCGAAUAAAAUGGCGUUGAGGUGUUCAAUAACCAUGUUUUGGAGGUGUCUCAAUCGAAUUGGAAAGUGUUUCGCCAUUGGCUUAAGCGCAUGAAAAACUGCAAAAAUUAUGCUGGAGGAUACUUUGAAAAACUAUAAAACCGUCUUUUAGGAUAAAAUUUCACAUUUUCAUGAUAAGGCCAGAAAUUUUUAUAGUAGCCCCUGUAAACCCGGGCAAAUAGAGAAAGUUGGGAACUAUAUGUUUGACAAACUCCGCAAUUUUAUCUUCCUCGAGGGAGUAUUUGUGGUGUUUAUUGCUAUCAUCAUUGGUGGAUAAAUUGGUUAAUAUAAUAAUUAGCUUUUAAAAUAUUUUUUUUUUGUAUUGUUGAUUCUAUUAAGCAGUAUUGUAAUUAUAUAGGGCUACUAUACUGAAAUGUUGAAAUAAAUGAGAAAUAAAAAUAGAAGUGUGCUCUACAAUGUACUAAAAAGUUUCCUCUACAAUGUACUCAUUAUCUAUUCGAAAGUCCAUAAAAGUUUUAGCUCACUAGAAAUCACGAUCCGAGAAAAGAAAAAAGAAAUUUUAAAAAAGAGUUCUUUGCUAUACUAUUCAUUACAAAGAGACAUUUAACUUUAUAGUCUAAGCUGCGUUGAAGAUGAUGAGACGUUGGAGCAUUUCCUUUGUCAUACCAGACAUGAACCAACUUAAGGAAGUGCUAUUGAAAACAAUUAAGGAUUUUAUAAGUUGCACGGAAUUCCUAACUUAAAAUUUUCUUUUUAGAGGUUACUUUAUAGUUUUUAGA